CCAGAAAGUGCAAACUCAUGGCGACGCGUCUGGCCAAGGAGAUGCGGCGGUUCGGCAUUGCGUUUGACAUUGAUGGCGUCUUGAUCCGCGGCGGGAAGGCGCUCCCGAACGCGAGCAAGCGCCUUUUGCAGCUGCAGUCGCAGGGCGUCCCGCACAUCUUCCUCACCAACGGCGGCGGCUGCGUCGAGGAGAAGAAGACGUCCAACCUGAGCAAGAUCCUCGAUGUGCCAAUCGACCCGCGCCAGAUGAUCCUCGCGCACACGCCCAUGCGCGAGCUCGUGCAUCAGUUUGGCGACAAGAAGGUGCUUGUCAUGGGCGCCUACGAUGUCUUGGACGUGGCGCACCACUAUGGUUUUCAGAAGGUCGUGUCGAUCGAGGACCUCGCACAUGCGAGUCCGCACCAGUACCCGUUCUUGCCGUGGCCCCACAAGCCGCACCACCUCGAGGACGAGCCAAUUGGCGCAAUCAUCAUCUUCCACGACCCGAUCCACUGGGCGCAGGAUCUGCAGAUCGCAAUCGAUGCGCUGGUCGGCGGCCAUCCGCUCGGGAGUGGGACCGGGCCGCAGACGCCGCUCUUUGUGAGCAACGACGACUUUACCUUUAGCGGUGCGUAUCCCGUGCCCCGGUUUGCGCAAGGUGCCUUUACGCGCUGCCUCCAACUGCUCUUCGAACAGCACACGGGCAAGCCUUUGCAAGUGACGCGGUUUGGGAAGCCCCACCUCGUUCAGUACGAGUUUGCCGAGCAAGUCAUGCGCGAGCAAGCACCCAAUUGCGACCGGUUCUACGGCAUUGGUGACAACCCGUUCAGCGACAUUCAAGGUGCGAACACCGCCGGCAACCACUGGACGUCCGUGCUUGUGCGCACCGGCGUCUUCCAGUCGGAUGCCGACAACCAUGAAGAGCAUCCCGGCGAUGUUGUCGUCGACUCGGUGGACGAAGCCGUCGAAUGGAUCUUGACCCAAGAAGGCGUCCUCUAGAGUCGAAACGUCGAUCGGUAGCAAGCGAACGACCCGGGACACUCGAAUGCGCUACUAGUACUAGAGAAGGGACGAUAAACUGCGGCCAUAGAAGUGAAGUAGCUCCCAUGACGACACGUUGGAGUAUGCAACGCAUUGAUAGCCUCAUUAUGUAGUCUCUCAUUGCACCGAU